AUGACAUGGGCUCAACGUACCGAUCCAGUCAGAGACGAAAGAGAAUUGAGAAGAGGUAUUCGAGAUGUCACAGUUGAAACUCGACAAGAAAGAAGACAAGUUGACAUCAAUUCUCGCUCUGCAGAUAGAACUCAAGCUUCAGGCAAUGCAAAUGCUGGAAAAUCUUCUACUACUAAUCGAAAUGACAUCCGAAACGAACGGAAUGAAGAGGAUGAAGAGAGGGAGUCCGCCAAAAGAAAUAAGGCCAAUUCAAGGAAUGAACUCUCUCGAAGCAAUUCCAACACCAAUGUCAAUUCAAACAGACCAACCACAGCUGGUGGAAGGACAAGUAACACUUCAACGAAUGGAAAUCGAGUGAAUCGAGGCGCCAAUACUCUCACCUAUGAUGAAACCUUCUCCAAUAUUUCCUUAUUAAGAGAAAAGAGAAGAAAAAUGAGAGCGAAACGAAGAUUUGAACGAGAGAAUCGAAGAAUGAAAGAAGCACAAAAUGGCAUGGCUUCUAAAAAACCCUCUCCAAAGCAACUUAGAAAAGAACGAUUGAGAUUGGCUCGUGAAAAGAAACGUCUGGCUAGAGAGGAAGAACGUGGCGUGCGAGCGGGACUUGAACCAGUGAGCAAUUCCGAGUUGGAACGACUUGCAAAACAAGCUCGAAAGAAAAAGUUGGCCAAGAGGAGAAGAAAUAAGAGAACACAUGUUUCAGUGUCUCAUAAGAAGAAAAAGAAUGGAUCAAUUGUCAUUGUCAUUAAAAGUAAAUAA